AUGGCGACAUCAUUGGCAACAUCCACUGCCCAGAAACAAGAGCCAGAACCCAACCAAACGGCCUUCGACUUGAUUGCUGAUUACGACAUCCACCGAUCUCCUGAGGCAGACGCCAAAGAUUCAGUAUCCGAGCCUCGAACGUUGACAGUUGCGGGUGUACGCCGCGAGGCUCAACCGGCUGGAUUUGAUCCUACGUUAGCACCGCACCCUCUGGUACCGUACCUGGUUUCGAACCCCCUAUGGUGGGAAACCCAACAUCGUGCAGUCCCGAAAUAUCGUCCCGUCAAUCGCUAUCUGGACCGCGAACAGCGUCAACAAGGUCCAUUGUUCACGGCUGUAGGGAUAUUCAUGAUCGGUGGUUGUUCACUCAUCGCAAACUGGUCGUCAAUGUGGAGAGUCACGGCAGGGAGAGUCACUGAGUAUGGGAUUGGGAAAGUGGGCGGUGAAUGGUGA